CACUUGCCAUUUCCAUUUGACAUAACCCUAGCAAAAAUUCAAACAACAAUGUUGCCAACCAUAGAAAUUGAAGUAUCGUGCGAUUACUAUUAAUAAAAUCGAUUAAUUUAUGUUAUGAUUGAAUUAUUUGAAAUAUAAAUAAUUGAGAAAAUAAUUCAUAUGGCGAAUUUUCUAAUCACGGAACUUCUUACAAUAGACAUAGAACAUUCAAAAUCACAGAACUAUUUGAAAAAGACAUAGAACAUCAACUUCCUCACAAAUUUAAAUUCAAAAAUUUUUCCCCCCGAAAUAAAUAUUGAUAAGUUGUUUUCUUUCGAGCUAAAAUGGAUUAUUUUUUUGAUCAACAGGUUUCAAAUGAAAUAUCUUUCAAUUCGCAAUACAUAUUUUCAUACUGCCUCACUGUGUUUGAAAGAUAUGAGAGCUUGUUGAGCGAGUUUGGCGAUUUGAACGGACUCGUAAAUUAUGAUAUUGUACUUCGAAAAAUCAACGAAUGUGCUCUUGCAGUUAGAAACAUCUUAGAUUGUGAUGAUGAGACUUUUACUGUUACGCUAUUCGAGCGAAUCAACCACCUACAAGCAUUUUCAGACCGUAUCAAUGAAAAAAGAAUUAAUGAUUCAAAAAAAAUGAAUGUGCUUGCAACAAUAACACCAAGAGAUAACAAAUCAAGGGAAUCUAAAAAUACUUCAUCGAAAUUGCUUGAAGCGGUGGAAAAUACAAUUGAAAUUCCAAGAGUGAAUGGAUUUGGUAAUUUGGCUGGGUUAGAAGAGAUAAAAAAAGUGCUGAAAACCUUGUUCGUGUUACCCACCAAGCAUCCACAACUUUUCACCAACAGAAAGAUUUCCAAUAAGUUAUUACUCUACGGACCACCAGGAACUGGUAAAACUCUAUUAGCUCAUGCAAUAGCAGCAGAAAUUGAAGCAGCUUUCCAUAAUAUCUCAUCUAGCGAUGUCCUUUCACCUCUUGUCGGAGAAAGUGAAAAGAUGAUUAAAUAUCUAUUUCAACAUGCCAGAGAGAACAAUGGAUAUACAAUUCUUUUCAUAGAUGAGAUUGAUGCUUUUUGUAGAAGGCGAAACGCUUCAGAUCAGGAACACUCGAGAAGGUUAAUCACUGAGAUAAUGUGUCAAAUCAAUAAGAUUGAAGACUGUCCCAAGAUAUUUAUAAUCGGAGCUACAAACUGUCCUUGGGAUUUAGAUUCGGCUAUAUUACGCAGAUUUCAUAAACGCCUGUACGUACCACUACCAAACAAGAACGAAAGAGAAGAAUUACUGAAAUUUUACAUCGAUCAAACUCAAAUUUCACCAUUCGAAGUUUCACAAUGGAGAGCACUCCUAGAUAAGACAGAAGGUCUUUCAUGUUCUGAUUUAGCUUCACUCGUUCAAAAUGCUAUGGAUAUUCCUUUGAUGGAAUUACAAGAAACUAGGGUUUGGAAGAAGACUAUAGACGAUUAUUAUGAACCCGCAGACAGGGAAGAUUACUGCAAGAUAAUUUGGAAAAGAUUGGAAGAUCUCCCUGAAAAUUCAGUCAGAGCAAGACCUAUGAAAUUAUCGGAUCUGAUUUCUGUAGCUCAAGAUUAUAAACCGACUGUUAGUCAAGAAUUAAUCUCAAAGUAUGAUGCUUUCAAUAAAAAAUAAGGUCAGAUUGUUAUUAAUUGAAUAUUGUAAAUUAUUUAAGAUUUAGAUUAAAUGAGUUUUUUUUCUAUUAAAGUUGAAGUAAGAGAAUAA